AUGGAGCUACUUAAGCAGGCCAGGAAACCAACGAGGUCAUCGAUAACCAGAACCAUCAACGAGAUGGAGACCGAAUUGGUGAAAGAGGAGCCAGAUCGUCACAAGCUCGGUGUCCAGAUGAAGAAGCUGGAUAACCUGCAAGUGAAGAUGAGCGACUGGGACUCUAAGAUUUUGUGUGAGAUGCAACAACAAGGAUGCACUGAUGACCAAUACAGUCAAGAAUGUGCAGAAAUCGAGGCAUAUGAUGACAGGAUUUUGGAUGUCAAACUCAAAGUAGAAGAAUUUCUAAAUCCUCCAUUUCAAUUAUGUCCCCAACGUAGAGAAGAUAGUCCCACCAACAGUGCGGCAUGGUACGACUCUGUGGCUGGUUCUACAUCAAAGAGGAAGAAUUUUAAGUUGCCAAAAAUUGUUCUGAAGAAAUUUUCUGGCGAAAUGAUGGAUUGGCUUGGAUGGUGGUCUCAGUUCGGAAAGAUCCAUGAAGAUGAUGAUAUCCACACAACGGAUAAAUUUCAGUAUCUUCACCAAGCAAUGACUAAAGGGACUCGAGCCAUGGAUCUAGUUGAGAGUUAUCCAAUGACGGCUGAGAAUUACCCCAAAGUAAUUGAGGCGCUUACCCAGCGAUUUGGGAAGCCGAAGAUUUUAAAACAAGUAUAUGUUCGAGAAUUACUUAAAUUAGUGAUCCGAAACUCUAAGUCAACUGAGAAGAUACAGUUGUCUGUGCUGUAUGACAAAUUAGAGUCUCAUCUCCGUGCACUCGAAUCGCUUGGAGUGACACAUGAGCAAACUGCUGAGUUCCUGUUUCCAAUGAUCGAGUCCAGUCUCCCCGAGGACAUCUUCGUAGCAUGGCAGAGGAGUUCACUUUCACGUCAAGAUGGAUCCAAACGCGUCCCAGUGAAGACCGAAUCGGAUUUCUUGAUGGAAUUUUUACGAGAAGAAGUGGAAAGUGAAAGUCAGAGGGAUAUUGUGCGUGCUGGUUUCGAGACAAUAAAGAUUAAGAAAGAAAAGACUGCAGCCAUAGAGAAGAAAGAAGAACUUCCUACCAGGUUGCAAGAUGCAAAUGGGAGGAAGACAGAGUUUGAAGCUGCAAGUUCAAAUGAGCCUACCUAUUCUGCUGCGAAUGCAAGUCAUGCGUGCCGAGAUGAUGUAUUAAUGAAGACAGUUCUGGUACGAGUGGUUGGACAAAACGGAAGUAGAAUUGUUCGACUAAUUUUUGACGAAGGUAGUCAACAGAGUAUUGGAGGAGAGUCGGUCAUCACAGCGGUCGGAAGCUUGAAAUGUGGUGAAGAAUGGACUCGAAAUGUACUUUUUGGAGGAAUCUCGACUGAACCCCGAAAAAUAAGCAAAUAUAAAGUCCAACUGCAGAGCCUAGAUGGAAAAUGCAAGAGAGAACUCAUGUUAAACAAAGCUGUCAGAAUUUGUGGGGAGAUUUCUCGUAUUCCAUCCGGUCCAUGGAUAACAGAGUUACAGAAAAGGAAGAUCUGGUUAUCAGACUACGAACAAAAUCAAGUGGGUAACCCAGACAUUGAAAUUUUAAUUGGGAGUGACUACUGGGGCCACCUUGUCAUUGGUAAACGGAUUCGUUUAUCUUGUGGACUUGUUGCGGUGGAGACCAUAUUUGGAUGGACAUUGAGUGGGCCUGUUCCUGGGAAAAGAGAUCCAACCAUUGGAAUGAUGUCAAUUUCUACGUUCCUAUUUAACGCUGAGGCAAGUCUGAAAGAAUUAUGGGAUUUGGAGAAGCUUGGCAUUACUGAUCCAGCGGAGCACAAGACAAAGAAAGAAAGUGAACAACAUGCAUAUCAGCACUUUCUUCAGACUGUAUCAAAAAGUGAAGAGGGAAGAUAUUCGGUCUGCUUGCCCUGGAUAGAAGGAGCAACAAACAUUCCGAAUAAUAGAGUGAUAGCGGAAAAGAGACUGUUAUCAAUUACUGCAAAGUUAAACAUGGAUGACAAUUUUGCACGAUAUGAUCAAGUUUUUAAGGAUUGGAUGCAUGAAGAUUUGAUUGAGGAGGUUCAAGAAGACACCGUCCCCUGUCACUAUCUCCCACAUCGCCCAAUCAUCAAGUUAGAGAGCAAGACCACACCCAUCCGGCCAGUGUUCGAUGCUUCUUGCAAGGUGGGAAGAAAUCCCUCCUUAAAUGAGUGCCUGGAGAAAGGUCCCAAUUUGAUCGAACUCAUCCCUGCCCUGUUACUCAGAUUCCGUUUGAAGAAGAUCGGAGUCAUUUCGGACAUCAGAAAAGCGUUCCAGAUGAUCGAAGUUGCAGCUGCGGAUCGAGAUUUUUUAAGAUUGCUUUGGUGGGACGAGAAGAAAAACGUCAAGAUAUUUCGCCACAAACGAGUAGUAUUCGGAGUUAACUGCAGUCCGUUUUUACUUGGAGGCGUGAUAGAGCAUCACCUGGAUCAAGUUCAAGAUGAAGAGAAAGAUAUCGCCAUACAGUUGUUGGAUUCAUUAUACGUGGACAAUUGUGUUACGUCUGUGGAUUCCCAAGAGGAUUAUGAGAAUUUUAAAGAGAAGAGUUCGAAUUUGCUGCUGAAGGCUAAAAUGGACUUACAGCAGUGGGAGCGGUCGGCGCUGAGUGAACAAAAAUCGGAUUUCACACCUGAGUUAGCCUCCGUCCUUGGACUCAUUUGGGACAAGAACAGUGAUGUACUGAGUGUCAAUAUCCCAACUACAAUACUGUCCCAGAAGAUAAGCAAGAGAUUCAUUUUGUCGCAAGUACAGAAAAUAUUUGACCCGCUCGGAUUUGUAAGCCCUGUAACGCUCAUUCCAAAAUUACUGCUCCAAAAGACUUGGAAUGACAAGACCGAGUGGGAUGAGGAACUCAACCCGUCAAUUAAAGAAGAAUUUGAGAAGUGGUUGAAUGAUAUGAAAAUGUUAGAGAACGUGAAGAUUCCAAGAUGGGUUUUUUAUGCUAAUUCCACAUCAAAAAUCCAAUUUCACGUCUUUUGUGACGCAAGUCAGUAUGCAUACGCCGCUGCUGUCUACGUUCGAGUCCAGGAUGCGGAGAAAGUUACUGUCCAACUCCUACAAGCGAAGGCGAGAGUAGCUCCUCUGAAAAAGAUGACCAUCCCGAGGUUAGAAUUAUUGGGGUGCGUUAUUGCUGCUCGUCUGUCAAAAUCAGUGAAAGAAGCACUUUCAAUGGACGAUGUCGAAACUCAUUUCUGGAGUGAUUCCACAACAGCAUUGGCGUGGAUAAAAAGAAAUGAUGUAUGGGGUACUUUUGUCGGAAACCGGGUAAAGGAGAUUUGCUCAAUCUCAAAACCGGAAGAAUGGCGACAUGUGCCAGGACUCCUGAAUCCAGCCGAUCUCCCUUCGCGAGGAAGUAGUCCUGCAAAUUUUGUGAAGACGACAUGGUGGGAGGGACCGGACUGGUUGAAGCGCCAGAGGACAGAGUGGCCCUCUGGGCAAGAAGAAAUUAACGAAGACGAUAUUCUUAUUGAGAUGAAGAAAGCAUCGACAAAGAUGUUGAUCACCCUGAAUGGGACACUCCCGUGGUAUCUAAAAAUGUCUGCCUCCUUCUACAAGAACAUUCGGAUUAUUGCUUUUAUGAAGAGAUUCAUCCGCUGUUUGAAAAAGGAAGGGUCAUCUGCUGCCUUAGAACGAUGGGAGAUAUGUGAAGCUGAGAAAUUUGUUUUGGGCAGAAUGCAAACUGAGUCUUUUCCCAUGGAUGCAAAUGUGAUUGAAGGGAUUCGCAUUGAAAGGGCUGAAGAUGGACUAAUUCGAGUGAAAACUAAGAUAGUGAAUAUGCCAGAAAGUUGCAUAUUUACGAGACCAAUACUACUACCGAGAAACAGUCUUGCAGUUGCACAGUUAAUUCGGACGGAACAUUACAAGAAUAAUCAUGCUGGGCUGCAAAUUAUGAUGAGUAAAUUGAGAGAGAAGUAUUGGAUUGUUCACAUGCGCCGACAAGUGAAAAAUGUCAUCAGGUCAUGUGUUGUAUGCAGCAGAUUUACGUGCAAGAAGACGGAAGUGCCUACUGCUCCACUACCGGAAGACAGAGUGAAAACAGCCAGUAUUUUCCAAGUGGUCGGGAUUGAUUUGGCAGGUCCGUUCUUUUUAAAGGACGGCUCUAAAGCAUGGAUGGUGCUCUUCACGUGUGCCGUGUAUCGAGCCAUACAUUUGGAGUUAGUGACGUCAUUGUCCGCGGAGGCCUUUCUUCUAAGUCUUCAUCGGUUCAUAAGUCGAAGAGGACGACCCUCUACAAUAUAUACGGACAAUGGGACGAAUUUUGAAGGAGCCAAUAAUGCCAUCAAGCUGUUGGACUGGGCCAAGAUACAAAAGGAGACCCAAGUUGAUCGUAUUUUCUGGAAGUUCAAUGUUCCUGCAUCACCCUGGUGGGGUGGAUGGUGGGAGCGUCUCAUACGCAUCUGCAAGGAUUUAUCGAAGAGAAUGUUGGGAAGAAAGAAGCUGAAUCUUCCACAACUGGAAACAUGUAUGUUUGAGGUCGAAGCGAUCGUCAAUAGUCGCCCCUUGACCUACAUUUCUGAGGAUCAAGAUGACCUGGUUCCUCUCACGCCGGCAAUGUUUCUACGCGAUAUUCCGGCAGCCGAGUUUCCAGAGGAGAAAGCAUUGGAUGCUCAAGCCCUGCGUAAUCAACACAGGGAUUUGUGCAAGUUACGUGAUGAAUUGAAGUCAAGAUUUGUUAAGGAGUAUUUAUCCCAACUCGUUCAGCGUGGAACCGAGAAGAAGUCCCGGAUUCCAGAAGUUGGAGAUAUUGUACUCAUUGAGUCUGAUGAUAAGAAGAGAAUAAUGUGGCCCAUGGCAAGGAUCAUGGAGCUAUUUCCGGGAAGAGACGGACACAUUCGGGUGGCCAAACUGAAGACGUCGAAUGGAACUCUGACCCGACCGAUGCAACGCCUAUUUCCUUUGGAGGUCUCAACCGAGGAGAUACCUCCAAUUAACCAUAGGAUUAAUGUUUCUGCACAAGUUUGGAAGCCAUCCGCUGAAAAGGAGAAAGAAUUUCGGACCCGUUUUGGAAGAAAAGUGAUUCGUCCAGUGCGUAUGGGAAUGGAUUGA